GAUACUCUCUCAGUGCACUAUCCCUUGCUGGCCCCCUCCAUCACCAUACCCCGCACUCAAGUUGUGAUGCAUUUUAUGGGUAGUGUACUUUUGCCCUACAUUGCCACUGGGGCUCCACCACAGUUCUAUCUUAGCACAGAGCUUGUUGUGGAUUAAACACCAUCUGAACGGCCUCCCUCCUUAAGUGAAUGAGAUGGCAGAAAGUGGGGCAGAAGGCGACCUACAUCAGAGGCGUCCAGGGGCCAAGGAACAACACAAUGGACAGCCAAUAGAGUCAGUGCUGUCUGUGGAUGAGAGGAAGCAGAGGGACAGGGAGGAGCGUCAGAACCUGGUGUUGUGGAGGAAGCCUCUGCUCACACUGCACUAUUUUUUUCUGGAGCUACUCAUCACCAUCAAAGAGUGGAUUUGCAGGCUCUGGCAGCAAAGACAGACAGCAUUUGGCCUACUGGUCCUGUUCAUCCUCCUUUCCAUUGCCUACCGCAUUGAAGGAACACACCAGAAGUAUGUGCGCUACAUGGAGAAGAAGGUGCUGUGGUGCGCCUACUGGGUCGGCUUGGGCGUGCUGUCCUCGGUCGGGCUGGGCACCGGCCUGCACACCUUCCUCCUCUACCUGGGACCACACAUAGCAUCGGUGACCCUGGCAGCCUACGAAUGCGGCUCGGUGGAUUUCCCCGAACCGCCCUACCCAGACCAAAUCAUCUGUCCCCAGGAGGGGGUAGCGGUGCCUGGCUCUGAGGCCGAGCGGGUGGGCGCAGAAGCUGUGGGGGUGGAUGGCGCAGCGGGGUCAGCAGCCAUCCAGGGAAGCGUCUCUCUGUGGACCAUCAUCUCCAAAGUACGACUGGAGGCUUGUAUGUGGGGUGCAGGCACCGCCAUAGGAGAGCUCCCUCCCUACUUCAUGGCCCGUGCGGCCCGGCUGUCUGGCGCCGACCCGGAUGAUGAAGACUACCAAGAGUUUGAGGAGAUGCUGGACCAGGCCGAGUCCGCGCAGGACUUUGCCACCAAAGCAAAACUGGCAGUGCAGAAACUCAUCCAGAGGGUCGGAUUCUUUGGGAUUUUAGCCUGUGCUUCUAUUCCCAAUCCGUUGUUUGACCUGGCAGGAAUAACAUGUGGGCAUUUUCUCGUCCCCUUUUGGACUUUUUUUGGUGCGACGCUCAUUGGGAAGGCGGUCAUUAAGAUGCACAUUCAAAAGCUCUUUGUGAUCAUCACCUUCAGCAAGCACAUAGUGGAGCAGAUGGUCUCCCUCAUCGGUGUUGUUCCAGUGCUGGGUGCGGCACUGCAGAAGCCCUUCAGGGAGUACUUGCAGGCCCAGAAGGCCAAGCUGCACCAUCGCGGCGGAGAGGGGAUCCCAAAUGAGGAGAACUGGCUGUCGUGGCUCUUCGAGAAGAUUGUGGUCAUCAUGGUAUGCUUCUUUGUCUGCUCUAUUGUCAACUCCAUGGCCCAGAGCUACGCCAAGCGCAAGCAGCAGGAGAAGUACGCCGAGGGCAAGAUGGAGUGAAGGCCAACCGGCCGGUGCUCCUGCGGCCCGUCCCGCAGCUCACCAGCUCUAUCUCCUUGAAGCUCCCACUGCUCCUUUCCCCCUCAUAUGUGCUGUCCCUCCAGGCUUGAGCCAGGCAGACACCCCUCUAUUAUCUGAAGCACAAGGCUGCCAAACUACCAGCCUCCAUCCGGUUUCUUUCUUAUUUUUGUAGCAACAUGUUUACGUUGAACUUGGACUUCCAUUUAGUUGCUUUUGAGGGCUUUUUUUCUUUUGAUAAUGGCACCUGGGUUUGUUCUAUGGUAAGGUAGGUGCUUGCUGGUGUGUGAGAGAGUGUGUGUAUGCUGUUACAUGGUUAUAAGGCAUCCAUGAUGGGCUUUUUGUCGCUCCUCAGCAUGUGAGAAGAAGCUGCUGGCACUAGUUCUCCUCGGUGAGGCCUUAAGCUGCUCUGCUUAGUUCAGCCUUAUAGUCUUACAUCCUUAGAGUCACUUUAUUUCACUUAAGUUUGGCUAAGCUAGAAUUUGAUUAUGUUGUGACUGUACUGUAACACCAACUUAAAGGUUGGAUUAGUUGGGCAAAGCCUUAUUUAACUAUUUAUUAUUUUUAUUUCCUAGUUUAUUUAUAUGCUGUUCUGUAUUCAUGACUUAGAACAGACUGUUGUGCAAUAAUGGCAAUACGCUGUGGCUAAACAAGGCAUGGAAACGGACUGUAAAUAACUGUGCCCACUUUAGUGCCAUCGUGCCUCAUCUCAUUUCUAUAACAUGUUAUAGAGUCAUAAGCCAAUCAAAGUGAAGAUGUUAAUGACUUGACAGUCUGUACAUAGUGAUUUAAUAGACAAGCACUUCUGUUGUGUGUGUACAGUAGCCUCAUCUUGGUACUUUUUGGAUGAGAAUUGAUAAAUCGGCCAUGAAUCACCCUGCUGGUCCCUUUGUCUGCCCUUAUUGUUCUGCUUCCAGGAAGAAAGCACAUGAGUCAGCCUGGGGCCACUUUACCAGAUGCAGCCAUAUAUUGAAUCAGCUAUGUGUGUGUGUGUGUGUGUGUGUUUGAGAGAGAGAGAGAGAGAGAGAGAGAGAGAGAGAGCAACAGAGAGCGCGAUAGUAGGUUGUGUUUGCGUGGCUGCCACAUUUGUUGCUUCCUUUUAUCUUUUAUGGACUAAACCAGAUUGUGCUCCACUAAUAGACUAGGAGUUUGUUUGGUAGUCUUAGGCUAGCAGACAGGAGCUGCUCUCUUUAACUUACAGACACUUUGUGUUAAGGCUAACAGGUUUAAGGCUCAUGGUAAGUGCUUUCCUUUGUCUUUACUUGUCCAUGGAGCUUUAUUCUUUCCCCUCUUCUCACCCCAACCUUUGUAAAAUCUCAGAUCAGGACACAUCUUUUAAAAAAAAAAAAAAAAUGUAAAGAUUUUUGGCUGUUUUCCCAAUCGGAUCAAUUCAACUCACAUUUGAUUUAUGUAGUCCCUUCUCUUUUUGACAUAAUUGCCGGUGAAAUGUGUUUUUUUUUCCCCUCUUCUUUUUCUUUUUCUUCUCUGUACCGCUGCUGUGCUACGCUGGACUGAGCGCAGUGGGUGCUAGAGCAGGCACAAGCACGAGGGGGGAGAGAAAAAAGGCAGGGAAAAAAAACACCUCAGCGUGCAGUGAAAAGCGUCUGUGCCGUUACCUCGGCUGAACCUUCGAAUGAACUCGUUGCACUGCCCCAGUCACUGAGCCAGGAGACGAAUCACUCGAGUAGAUUCAAAACAGAGGGUUACUGUUGAGCGUGCUGAGCCCUGCGCUCUGCACUAGCUCCACUCCGAGCUUUCACAUCCACUCUUUUUCUCUCCCUUUAUGGUAAGUAGGAUUAGGAUUUUUUUGUUGGGUUUAUUGUUUUUGUAUGUAUGUAUGUAUAUAUGCGUGUGUGUGUGUGUGUGUGUGUGUCUCAGGCAUGUCCGUCACUCUCUCGGCCUGUCAGAUAGCUUAUCAGACUGGUGUUGGCUGUUAAGAUUGCAAGGCGACAACAGUCUGUAGGCUGUCUGACAUUUCGGGCUCUUUCAUCUGACCAGCAUCCUGUUUUGUCCUCCCUUCUGUUGUUGUCAUUGUCCCCAGUCAGCAUCAGUUCCCAUUUGGAGGUGUGUGCUGCGAUGUCACUUCCCCUUAUCCCAACCGCUUGUGAAACGUCGGAGACAUCGGCCUAUUGUUUAUUUCCUCCACGCUGACGUCUGUGAGGGUUUUGAUGUGGUUUUAUGUGUGUGGGGGAGGGGGUGUGUUUUCAGAGGUUUGCAAAUGUAGAUGUAAGUGCUGUCAGUCGGGGAGGUGAAUCUGUGUGUAAAGUAUGUAUGCGUAUGUCUAAGUGUUAGUGUGUGUAUGUCUCCAGGCAUUGGCUUUGUCCUCUUGAAUUUCCAGAGAAUCCAGAAAGUACACACCUCAUUGCAACACAUUCCAUUGUGACACCCAGUCCUGCGUAUGGUACACACAGUGCUCACCCAGCUUCUCCCCUUCCCUUUUACACUUCCCUCUUCUCUUUUACUGAGAACUUUCCUCUGUUGCUCAAUACGCACAGCGUUUCUUUUCUUUUUUUUUUUUUUUUUUUUUUUUGUUUGAGGCUGCAUUUUAUUGGAACAACUUUCUCGAGGGGGGUGUUUUUCUAAGGGCCACAAAUUGGUAAUUAUAUGACGCUGAAAGUCGUUGGUUGACCAGUGGAUACUUUUGCCACAAAGCCCCAGCUUUUACUUUACUUUUUUUUUUUUUUUUUAACUUUUUUUUUUUUUUUUUUUCAAGAAAUUACUUCUAUUUCUUUCUUUUACUUUUUCGUCUAGAAUAGUGCAAAAGGCUAAAACUUUCUCCUGGUCAUAAAAGCGAAAUCAUUGGAUAACACUGGAAUGGCCCCUCUCACUCAGGGAGUGUGUUUUUCUUGGCAGUUUCAGGACGUCCUGUUCCAUAAGGGAGCCUCCUUUUGCGUGCCUGUCUGAAAGUGUGUGUGUGUGUGUGUAUGUGUGCGCAUGUUUGUCUAGAAACUCUGUUUAUGUUUCUAUGUGUAAGUGCCUGUGUAUCUUGUCUAAUAGAUGUCUGUACCAUGGUUAUUUUAAACAUGUAUGCACAUUUUUUCCCCAAUCUGGUUUCUCUAUAAAUAAAGUCUGUUGAAAAGUG